GAUCACGUCCCUGUUUUCGCGCUCUCGCCGACUGUAUUUUACCCAAACGCGCCGUUUUUCUCGCCUGCGCGAUAUUGGCGCAGUGUGCCAUUAUUCGCUGCAAGUGUUGCGUUGGAAAUAACAAUAAUACAACACUUGAUCGUUUGAAAUCGGUUGCGGAAAUCGUUUUGUGCUCCUCUUCUCAAAGUGCGGCUGGUCGAGUUUUUUGUUUAUCCUUCCAAAUGUUCCCUGGAACUUGUCCAAACGCCUCGACGUAUAUGGCGUUGCGUGAUGUACAUAUGUAAUAUAGUAGACGAGAUGGAUUUUGGCACUUUUGGACUUUCAGCGGUAUAGACACCCGUGUUUUCAAAACUGGAAAAGGUGGAGCGUUUACGAACGAAAAACAGUUGUGAGCCGGUAUGGACGCGUGAUUUUUUGUUAAUGAGAAUACUGCUGGCACAAAUGGAGGAUUAGAUCGACAUGGAAUACGACGUGGAUUACGAAGCCAGCGAGUGCAUAAGAAAGGGAAAGCUGAAGAAACUGAAAAAGCUCGUGUCGAUCUUGGGAUUCCAGCAGAGGAAAAAUUGGCAGGGGGGCUACGUCCUGUUGCUGUGGUCGCUGGAGCACCGCCGAACGGGCAUAGCCAAGUGGCUCCUGUCGCAAAACUGCCAAGUCAACCCGGACGACCGGGCCUACUCCCAUCAGAAAAAAACGGCCCUCCACCUGGCGGUCCUCGCUGGCAAGCCGGCAAUUGUGAAGCUGCUCCUACAACGGGGAGCCCGCGUCGGGAUCCAAAACGACCAGCUGGAGAGUCCUUUGCACGCAAGCUGCAAAAGACGCGGUCCAUCGUCGUCCGAGUGGGUGUUUGGGGGCGACGGCUCGUUGGCGAUAGUAAAAUUGCUGCUCAAGCACGGGGCUUGCGUCAACGACAAGGGCGGCCUGUGCGAGGAGACGCCGCUACUCUUUGCCAUCAGGAACCGUCAGCAGCAGGACGACAGGCUCGUAAAGCUCUUGCUCGACAGCGGGGCCAACGUCAACGAUUGCGACCUGUACCGGAAGACGGCCCUGCACCUGGCCGUGGAGUUCGCCGACAGGAGGAUGAUCAAGCUACUGUUGGGCCACAAGGCCGACGUGAACGUGAAAAACUGCCACGGCCGGACCCCGUUGCACCUGGCGGUGCGCAGGGGCUGCCUGGACAUAGCGAAAAUGCUUCUGGCCCGGGGGGCCGACGUCAACGACAGCGUCUGCGACUUUGAGGAGUACAGGUGGACCGCGCUGCACAUGGCGGUGAGGAACAAGGACGAAAAGAUGGUCAGGACUCUGUUGGGGUACCGGGCGGACGUCAACGCCAGGGAUAUACUCGGCCAGGUGCCGUUUCACCUGGCCAUCAGAGGGGAGGACGAAGGGAUAGUCGAGUGCUUGCUGAGGCACGGGGCCAGGGUCGACUCGAGGCGCAAGGACGGGAAGACCUGUUUGCACUUUGCCGCGGAAAACCAACGGCCCAGGAUAGCAAGGAUCCUCCUGGCCAGAGGCGCCAGUGUCAACGAAGCGACCAUCAACGGCCGGACCGCGCUACACUUUGCCGCAAAGAGGGGGUCCAAGGAGCUGGUGGAGUUGUUCCUGGGACUGGGAAUGGACGUGGACCUAAAGACGAAGCUGGACGACUUUACACCGCUGUACUACGCGGUGAAGAAACGCCGGUGCCAGAUUGCCGAGUGCCUUUUGUACCACGGGGCCGACGUGAACGUCCCGGUGAAGGUUUACCAGACCCUGUUGAGGCUGGCCGUGUACGACAUGAACCGGGAGAUGGUGGAGCUGCUCUUGAGCUGGAACGCGAGCAUCGACGCCGAGGACAGCGACGACGAGACGCCGCUGGUCGUAGCGACCGACAGCACGAGGUACGAGGACAUACCCGGCAGCGAGAAGAUGCGCGGUAUCACCGACUGUCUCGUCAUGUACGUGGCGAAACUCGUCUCGGAGGGGCUCCACGUGAGCGAGCAAAACUUGAGCCUCAUACGGCAAAAGUUUCGGCUGCAGGUGUUUUACGAGCAGUGCCGGGCCGAGCUGGCCAACAUGAGGAGCAAAAAGAUUCACAACAGCGUGACGUACUACGAUCUGUUGACCAAGGACCCGAACACGAUGGCUCGUUACGCGCGAAACGAGAGCAUGAGCGGUGCCUUCGAGUCCAGCGAUUACGCCAACGCUUUUCCGAUAUAUUCCGCGAUGAUGCGCAAAAAUUACGAGAGGGGAAGAGCCAAGAAGCUGCUGCUCGACGCUGCCGAGGGGGCUUUGAAGUUUAUCUUCCGUGGCAGCGCCGAGGGGCGAGUCGUGCCGUUAGAGUUGCCUUACGUAGUCCGUAGAGAAGUUCUCAAGUACCUUGGUUUGAAAGAUCUGAGGGUUCUGGCUCUCGUUCCUCGACCGGCGCCUUCCGCAACGACCAGGGGAUAGACCGUGUGAUAUAUGUUUGAUGAAUUUCACAUUCGAGCCAGACAAAGUGCUAUUACAAUGUUAUAUAUAUAUUAUACGUUAUGUAUGUUGUGAUAAAUAAAAAUUUUAAUAAUCAUACAA